UAGAUAGUUGGACAAGUUCUUUUUAUAUCAAUUGAUUUUUGUGUCGGUCAUUCAGCAAGAAUGACUUGUGAAUGUCUUUUUAUAUAUGUUGUUUUUAGUUGGUUAUACGCUAACAAACUUCUGGGAUCAUUAAAAAGGUAAACAGUGUCACCACUUAUUUAAAAAUAUAAACACAUCUUUUAUACACUUUGAUUCAUGUGAAUGAAAAACUGUUAUUUUUACUUUAAUCCGACAGAGGGCAGUAAGUGACUGACUAUAUUGGACUUCGCCAGGUUCACACAGUGCGACUCAUCAUCACGGCUUCGUUAGGGAAGAAAAUCUAAAUUUAAGAGACUAAAGUCGUAGGUUAAUGAGUAAAUGGAACAGAACGGUUUAACUUGUUCACGAGGAAUGUCGUAGUGCCAUGGGAAAAAGUCUUAAGAUAACUACAAUGAAGAAUUGUAGGUUUACGACAAUAUAGUCGCUAUACUGCGACUAUAAACGUACAUAAUUGUGGCGGCAAAUGAUUUACGGAUUUGGGAACCUGUCUCCUCGGACAUUGUAUGGCCAGUUGUUCUGUGUUUGCUACGCUCUGGUGGGCAUCCCCAUGUUUGGCAUCCUACUGGCUGGGGUCAGUGAUCACAUGGGCACUGUGCUGCGUAGAGCUGUGGGCAAGAUUGAAACCCUGUUUCUGAAACGCAUGGUCAGGCCGACCACUGUGCGUGUGAUCUCAGCCGUUCUCUCCAUCCUGAUUGGCUGUCUGAUUUUCCUGGCAGUGCCAACAGUGGUGUUUCAGAAAGUGGAGUCCUGGUCCUUUCCUGAGUCUCUGUACUUUGUAGUCAUCACACUCACCACUGUGGGCUUUGGAGACUAUGUACCAGGUGAUGGACGUGAAGAUGACGUGUUCUUCAAACCUCUGGUGUGGUUGUGGAUAGUAUUCGGUCUGGCCUACUUUGCCUCCAUCCUCACCAUGAUAGGCAACUGGCUAAGGGUCUUGUCUAAAAGAACCCGUGCUGAGAUGGAGGAGCUGAGGGCUCACGCCACAGACUGGACACAGAACAUCCAGAACAUGUCUGUAGACCUCCGCGCCCUGAAUCCUCUAGAAUACGACCCAUUCCUCUUACAGCGCAGACGAUGGAAGCGCAGUGAGCGCCGCCGCAUCCGACGAGGAGCCCAUGGAACUGUGGGAUACUGGGUUCCAGGAGGAUCUGAGAAUGGACAUUUGCCAAGUCGCUGGGCUGGACUCUCAAGUUCUAUGAGCCAGUUAAAUGCCCAUUCGACUCUGGAGAGGGCAGCAGUGGCAAAGCCCAGGCCACUGGCCAGUCCACCUGAAGGGGGUGGGAUCCAAGGAACAGGGCUUGGUGUGAGUUUGCAGAUGGGGGCCAGGUCAUUUCCUCAUGUGAUGGCUCGCUCCUUCUCCCUCCCUGUUGCUCAGUCAAACUCAAGGCUGGACUGUGCAGAUCCAGAAUUGCAGGAAGGGUUUCUCUCUGGGUCUCCAUACGACUCUGGAUCAGACUGCUCCUCGGCCUCCUUCCUUGCACUGCACCAGUUCCAGCCCUGCUAUAACAUGAGCACUUUGGAGAAACAAAGAGUGAAAGACACAGAAAUAAACACAACACAGGAAAAAGAUAAUUUUGUGAUAGAUCCGGCAGAAAAACAAGGAUCGGCAUCAAACAGUAGCUGCAUGUAUGCAUUUACCUCAGACUUUUGUGCAUGCUCCCCACCUUUGACUCAACCUUUUAUUCGUUCUACUCUGCCUGAAAUUAUCCUCCCCUCUCCUCCUCUCAACACCGCUGCCUCAGCCAGCUGCCAGCUGCUAGAUUUCUUUGGGGAGAACCUGGCGUACAUUGACGAGUCCUCCGAUGCUCUGAGUGAUCGCAGCCAGAGUGAGGAGAAGAAAAGGUGGCCUCGGAGGUCUAAAAGAAGGAGCAUGAGGCGACAGCUGUCCCAUAGUUGGAACUCUUUGCAAUUGAGGCGACCCACGAUUGACAGUCAACCACCGUCCCAUCCACCUACGCCUCCCCCAGACUUUUCUCUCUCAGACCUGUCAGACCUGGCAGAGAAGAAGACACACACAGCUACUGAACUCUGACGACCGCCAUAACAAACCAUAGCUGAACCAACAGAAGGUUUUAGGUUUGUAACACCUGCACACAAGAAUGAUACCAGUACACUUUACAUGUCAGUUAGUGAUCAAAUAUAUUUUUAAACCAUUUAAAUUAGCUUUAUUCUUUAAAAGAGUUCAUAUUUAACCUCUCAGGACAUUUGGUUUUUUACAUAGUUUAUACUAGAACUCAGCAUUCAACACAUUUUAAUUACCUUAUAUUGGCACAGACUUUCUUUAAAUGAUAUAAUUUUCCACUAAAUAGGUUUUUGUUUUAAAUCUUAUCUAAGGACACAGAGUCUGGAGGCUUAAAGAAAUCCGUGAAACCUUAGAGUGACCACACCUUUAGUAAAUAGUUGGCCAGGAUUUGAGUGGUUUUAGGAGGCAGUGAGUCAUGUCAUUAUCCAGCAAUCAUCAGAUGUAAUUAUCUGCUUUGUUGAUUUGGUUUUCAGCUGCUGGGAUCAGUAGACUCUUUACAGCAGCAUUUAUUAUUUCAUGUGGGUUUCACACAGUGUUACUGAGAAAGAGGCAAAACACAUUUCCACAAUCAACCGUAAAAUGAUCUCACAAUGAGAGGAAUAAAGAUAGGGAUGGUGGAAAUUAUAUAUGUAUAUACAUUACAUAUACAUGUAUAUAUACGCUUAUAUGUAUUUUAUUUAUUAUAUAUGUAUAUUCUAAUAUAUGGCAUUUUAAAGAGUAGGUCAGCUGUUUACUCGAUCUCCUGUUUACAAAAUACUUAACAAGGCUCUGCGUCUCCAAUUGUGGGUGUCUUACCACUUUAACUAAAAAAAACUUCCUAUGGGAAAAAAACUGCAGUGGGUGGAGAAUUGAGGCACAACAAGAAGUCAGUUGGUUUCCUGGAAAUGGUUAGGAUUCAAUGAUGUUACAUAAUUAAGCCAAUGAAGGAUCAUUCAAGUUUGGAAAAUCCCUAGAAAAAGCUAAAGGGAUUGAAAAUUUACAUUUAAAGAGCAUGUUUCAAAUCUAUAUUGGUGCAAUAUUACCCAUACUCCUUUGCACACUUAAAAGAGAAUCCUUUUCAUAAUUUCAUAAAACACAUACCUGGAGACUGUUCCAUUUAUGCUCUGCUGCACUUAUAACGGUGACUUCUUUAUGGGUCAAGUAUGAAAUGGUCUGGUUUUGACCAAUCACAGGGCAGUAAAGAAGGAGAAAGCAGUUAGCCCCAAAAUACUUUAAUAAAACGACUCAGGAAGUAGUUAAAAGGAAAGAAAAGUUAAAAUGCCCUGAUUUAUUAUAUUUUGCAAGAAUAAAAACAAAACUCAUAAAAUAGGUCAGGGAUGGUAUGCAGAAUAAAAAAGUGUCUGAAAAAAUGGGGGAGUCUUGAAUGACCUGAGUUCUUGUUGGAUCUGGGACAAACAGUCAGUUCCUUCUUACUCAGGUCCAAGAACUACGACACCAGACCAGUGUGGCAGUAUGCCGUCCACCAGAGCUAAAAUAAGAAACUCACUGAAUCCACACUCCAACUCAGGAUCCCACAUAUUUUGUAAUUUGUUGACAGUGGGCUGGAAAGAGAAAGAUAUUGACUUGGCAUUAAGCUGAAGUGCUGACCAUGACCAUGAUGACCCUUCGACAUUGUUCUUAUGGCCUGAAGGACCAGGGCUCUUUUUAAGUUUAAAUUUAUUCAAGAGUAUUCUGACCGGCGGCUGUAACUUUUUUCUUUACCUUUUUUUCUUUUGCUAGCAAAGUAUUCUAUAGUUUUGCAAGACUAGCUCGUAGUUUAGACUAUUGUAGAACUCCAUACAAUUCCUUUCUAUGACUUGUAAGCCUUUGCAGACUAAGCUUUUACUGAAAGAUGUAGUUCAGUGAGCGGCAAAGCAAACCCUAUUACAGUAGCUGAACUUAAAAAAAUAUCACAAAUCACAAUAUUUUAAAGAGGAUACAGGAUGAUCUGUUCAAUAAUGACAAACACAAUUCAGACAGGGUUUGGUGCUAAAGGCUUCGAAAAGGGUUUAGAUUGACUCUGUGUGUUGUGUGUUUGUAUUUACAUGGAAAAUAACAUUGUUAAAAUUCUAGAUAUAAUCAUAAAUGCAAAUUCUUGGGCAUUUUCUUGGACUUUUUAUAUUAUUCUUAUAAACAGUUUUUAGAUUACAGAGCUACUUUUAUGGCAAAGAUCUCAGUCUGGCAUUGAAAGAAAUUAGGGAAAUGACGUCCUCAUCUGUCGAAAAAAGAAAGCAAGUUUAAUGUGCGUUUCAUCUCCCAGUUGUUUUGCGGCAACAGAAACCUUAACGUUUUUUGUAAAGCUGGGCCCAGAUGAUUACUGUACGAGAGUGAGGGAUAGUUUAAUUUGACUGGAGGCAUAAGAAAAGCAACUUCUAAAUAUUGGUGACUUAUUAAAAUGUUUUCAAAAGUUCAAAAUAUGUGGGCUGAAGUUGACUCAACAGACUUUACACAGAGCUCUACUACAUUUUGGUGAUGUAUGGGAAGUGUGAGGGAGUGUGUCAAAACCACAGUCAUGAAUCAUGAUGUAUUUUUCUGUACACAAGCCAAACAAACUAGGCUUGUGUGGGUGUGUGUGCACUGAAGGUCUGUGCAGGCUCUUGUUCUCUCAUGGUGUGUUUAAGUGAGUGUGUGUGUGUGACAGCAAGAGAGAGAGAGAGAGAGAAUGGGGGUCCGUGUCCACAGCGGACUCCCCUCCCAAGGACAGUGGGACUCAGUGUGAGACAGAGCUCGCCGCUCCACUGUGGGAUAAGUACAGGUUAGAUAUAGCAAGGGGUAGUUAAGUGGAAAAGACUAACAGAUGCUGGGGCUAGUUUACUCACGGGGGAGGGAACCUCACCACAGCUUCAAGCACUACGACACACACACAAACACACAUAGUGGGGCUGCAUUCUCACUGUGGCUUAGAAAAACAAUUUUAUGGUGAUGGCUGGAGGGCAGUGUGCAUCUCUUUAAGCUAUUUUAACAACAGAAGCAGCGCGGAUAAAAAACCUCUGACCAGAGAGAGUUAUCUCCAAGAACGGCUUAAGUCUUUUUCCUCAUUUUCCCGACCUACCUGCAGGGCUUCUGUAAUGUUUGGUUUUUGCAUUCCGAGACAGUGUGAGCGUUUCUCUGUUUUGACAGGACCUCCUGUAUUUGUCAGUAAUUUCUGAGGCUGAAUUGACAGAAUGAGUCAUGAGGUCGUCUGAGGUAUGAAGACAUGUAAAUGCAGGACUGUGUUUUCUGAUUAUAUAACAUAAGUCAUUAGCUGAGGCCUGUCUGCAUUUACUGUAAAAAAAAAUCUGUUAUUUAACAGAAUUUUACCUUUUUAUUUUACAGAAAGAAAAUGAUAAAAUUAAAUUAUUUGAUCUUCUCAAACUGAAAAAAUAAAAAUAUUUUCUUAUUAAUAUUAAGAUAAAAUUAAAAUACAUUCAGAAAUCUCACAUUUUGUUGUUGUUGAUGAGAUAAGCUGUUAAUAUGUUCUGUAAAACAAUUGUGAAAUUAGAUCAAAAUACUAACAAAUUGAAUGUGAAGUAAAACUUUGUGUUUUUAAUUUUACUAAAAUGUAUUUUUUAAUUGACAGUCCUUCUUAAUGAAAGUGUAACCGAUAAACAUCAAUGUUGUCUAAGGCCAGGAUUUCAACUCUGGUUUCCUGGUCCGUGAUCAGCAGUGUAAUCCUCUGAGCUAGUCUGCCAUGGACUGUGAUGUGUGAAGAACUUUUACUGCUGGGUAAAAGUAGUUCAUGGUCUUCAAAAGAAAUUCUUGAAAGUUUACAGCCAUAUGUGACUGAACUAAUAUGUUGCCAUGGUGAAGAAUACUUUAUAGUCUGGGUUUAUCUAGAUUAUAAAGUAUUCCCACUUCCCUGUGUUCCUCACUCUCUGUGGUUGGUCUAGCCAAAGGGUUUGGGUUUUAUACGCCCACAUUUUCAGAGAGAAAAAGAGUGAAUGGAAUUUUGUUUGUUGCAUUUACUGCAAUAAACAGGUUUAAUGAAGUGUUUCUGAGGAAGUGCUGUUGGACUAAUUGACUGUGACAUUUCUAAUUAGAACCUCUGUGUGAAGGUUUUUCACUGCUGUGAGACAAAUGUAUUUGUCUGUUACCUGAAAAUGCUUCUUUUUGAUCGUUUAAAUAGUCCUUAGGUGUAAUUCACUGCAUCUAAACCCUUCCAUUUAUUGAUCUAAUUAACAUGAUCACAGAACUGAGAAUUAAGAAUCUUACUUCCAACAUCUAUUAGCCCUGUCAGGUCAAAGGACACAAUAUAGAGCCAUUGGAAAUUGAAGAGGGAGGAGCAGUUGUGUUGUCAGUGUUCAUACAAACUGUCUGUGUGGAUUCUCAGUACUCCAGGUCAUUUUAGUCAAAGAAGUUAAGAAACAGGAAACCAGACUGAAUUGGUUUCUAGAAAUCAGGACAGCCCAGUUCCCUUUGUUAACUGCUUCAGAUUUACACCAUGAACUGUUGAUGGACAGCUGCAGUACUGGCUGUUUAAAACAUCGUCACGAACAGGAUUUGAACCUGUGCGGGGAAACCCCAUUGGAUUUCGAGUCCAACGCCUUAACCUCUCGGCCACCGUGACCCUGUGCGAUGACAGUUUGAGCCCCAUCAUCUCAACCAUCUUGUUCGUGAUUUUUUUUUUGCUCCACAAAGUUCAUUAUUCUUUUUUUUUU